UGAACAACAAUUCCAACAUUAUAUUUUGCAAAAUGAAAGUCACAAUAUUCUUCGUUGCAGUCUUUUUAUUGGGCGAAUCCCGCAGUGAACCGUCCAAUAAAAAAUUUCCUGAAAAUUUCCAAUUCGGAGUUGCCACUGCUGCAUAUCAAGUAGAAGGAGGAUGGGCAGACGAUGGUAAAGGUGAAAAUAUUUGGGAUCACUAUACGCACCAACCUGACCACGUCGCUAACAAUGCUACUGGAGACGUCGCUUGCGAUUCGUAUCACAAAUACAUGGACGAUGUUGAAAUGCUCACAAAUUUGGGUGUUAACUAUUACAGAUUUUCGUUAUCCUGGUCAAGAAUUUUACCCACAGGAUAUAGCAAUGAAAUAAACGAGGCAGGUGUCACAUACUAUAAAAGUUUUAUUAGUGCUUUAAAAGAAAACGGAAUUGAACCUUUCGUCACUCUUUACCAUUGGGAUCUUCCUCAACCUCUACAAGAAAUCGGAGGGUGGCCAAAUCCUCUUCUUGAGGAUAUUUUUGCUGAAUAUGCUAGAACGGCAUUUACUUUAUUUGGUGAUGAUGUGAAGAACUGGAUGACGUUCAAUGAACCCAAACAAACUUGCUUAGCUGGAUAUGGGUUAGGAAGUGCAGCUCCUGGAAUUUCUGCAAGUGGGAUUGGGGAGUACGAAUGCGCAUAUACAGUAGUUAAAGCUCAUGCUAAAGCCUACCAUAUAUACGACGAAGAAUUUAGACCAACACAGAAUGGAAGAGUAUCUAUUGUUCUAGACGCUUCAUGGGCCGAACCUGCUAGUGAUAGUGAUGAAGACAAGGAAGCUGCCGAAAGACUUUUGCAAUUUGAUCAUGGUUUGUAUGCCCAUCCAAUAUAUCACCCAGAUGGUAAUUUCCCUCAAGUGAUGAUCGAUCGCAUUGCUGAUAGGAGCGAAAAAGAAGGUUUCCCUACAUCCCGUUUACCUGAGUUAUCAACAGAGGAAAUAGAGUACAUACGUGGGACUUUUGACUUCUUGUGUCUCAAUAGUUAUACUACUAAUAUGGUAAAAUGGACUAAUGAUUACGAAAUCGGUGCUCCUGGAUAUUAUUCAGAUCUUAGUGUUUCAACCUAUCAGGAUCCUUCAUGGAAUAAUUCAGCCUCUGGAUGGCUGAAAGUUGUUCCAUGGGGAAUGAGGAAGCUUCUCAACUGGGUUGAUCAGACUUACAAUCAUCCAGAAAUUGUUAUUACUGAAAAUGGAUUUUCUGAUGAUGGACGACUGGAUGAUCCGGACAGAAUAAACUAUUAUGCUGAGUAUCUAACUAGUGUUCUGGAAGCUAUAUUUGAAGAUGGUGUUAAUGUUACAGGAUAUACAGCUUGGAGUCUGAUGGAUAAUUUUGAAUGGAACAGCGGAUAUACGGAGAAAUUUGGUAUAUAUCAAGUUGAUUUUGAAGAUCCAGACAGAACAAGAACUAUCAAAAGUUCUGGCGAAUAUUAUAAAAGUAUAGUCGCCAAUAAAUGUUUAGUAGAUACAUGUGAAGAAUGAGGAAGCUUAGAAAAACUAUGGAUUUGUGAAACUAUUAAAAAAUUUGAUGAAUAUAUAAUAAAAACAU